AUGUGCUCUGGAAUAACACCAAGAGUUCUCACCUUUGUCAUAAUUAUACUUACACAAUGUAAUGAGCCCUGGAGCGUUUUGGUUAAUACUCAAGAAAUGACUUGCAUCAUACGCGAUAAAAACUUCACCGACUUUCAAGAUUGUGGCAUAAGACUGGAUAAGCAAAAGGGUUCAGUGCUCAAUCUUACCAUAAAGCUCUUACAAUUGCCAGUGACGAACUGCAUGGUGCAUCUGGAUAUCUUGCAUUUGGCGAAAUCUAAAGAGCCAAGAAUUGUCUACCAAGGUGAUUGGGAGGGAUGUGAGUUUUUGCGUAAUCGCAGACGCUUCAAAUUUCUAAGCAUGAUUUACGAUCCCAUAUUGACCUACACAAAUAUUAAUCACACAUGUCCUUACUGGGUAGGUGGUGAGCACGAUCUACAUGUGACGAAUUUUCCAGCUGGCAAAAUCCAUGCCCCCAUUCCAAUACCAAUUGGACAGUAUAAAUUAAUAACACAAUAUUUUGUGGAUAAGAUAUUGCGUCAUGAAAUAUGGUUCACUUUUAAGGCAUCCUAA